AUGGACCAACCCCGGUCAACAGAGUGGAGCGAGCUAUUUGCGCAAAACCCCUCCUAUGAGCCGACCACGUACAAGGCACUCGACAACCUUGCGUCGCAUGACGACCUCGCUUUUCUGCAUGCCAAGUUCUGGAACGAGAUCCGAGAAUGGACACGGAAUGACAUCACGGAUAUGUCCCGCAUUGUCCACCCAGACCUUACGGGACCCGGGAGCAUUUUCAUCGGGGGCAUGAACCAUGCGCUCAACGAAGAUACCCUUGCGAAGAAUGGCAUUCAAGCGGUUAUUGCUAUUCAUCCCAAGGACUCGCUGGCAUGGGACGAGGAUAACGCUUCCUACGGGCUGCAAAGGUUCUACCCUGACCAGAACGGCUUAACGAGCAGUGUCGUCAAGCAUCCACUCAUCAUUCCACUCGAGGACAAUGCCAACUCUAAUCUCAUCGACCACUUCGACGAGACUAAUGCUUUCAUCAAGCUGCAUAGCAGCGAGGGGAGGAAUAUCUUGAUCCACUGUAAAUCCGGGCGCUCACGCUCUGUCGCAGUGCUGAUCGCAUAUCUGCAACAAAAGUUCUGCUCCGAGAAAGGCAUCGCGUCCAUGGAGGAUAAGACUGCGGCGAAAGAGCAGUUGCGGAUGCACCGUGAGGAGAUCACAGAGGCGAUCCGUGCGCAGCGUCUCCCUGUCGUUGUCAUCAUGGAACGUUUUGAUGAACUGUUGGCGCGGUACGACCUUAAACUCAUCGAGGCUCCAGAGUAUAGGAGCCAGAAGACUGAUGGGCUUCCUGCCUCUGAGAUCAUGGAAUCUAAGGCUCCCAAGGCAACCAAACAGCCAGAGCUUGUAGCAAAAAAUGAGAGUAAGGUUGUGCAGACAAAGGGAGGCGCGGCAGUGCUUAAGAUAUGCGUUGCGGCAGCAUUCUUCAAGAACAGCCAGAAGCCAACGGAAGCAGUGGUACAUCAUUUCUUUGAAGUCAAUGAGGCCUAUUUCUAUGAGCUGGAAGCAUUAGAGUACAAUGGAAGGUCUCAUGUUGGCUCUCAACAUGCAUGUCUCGGCCUCGUGAAAUUUUGCUUCAGGUACGCUAAGGAUGAGUAUGGUCUCAUGCUGCCACCGAAUAUAGAGGAGCAUGUUAGAAAGGUUACAGCACAAUAG